AUGCGGCCAUCACCACAGACCAUUCAUGAUCUUCCGGGAAUGAAGACGAUGAGGGAAAGCUCCGAAAGCCGAGUAGUCAUCAUCGGCAUCACGAUGACGAUUGUGAUGGGCGGCUUGCUAACAAAUGCUGACUUUGCUUCUCCGUUGAGCCAAACUGGUCCACCGCGAAGUGAAAUAGACGGACUUCAUUCUAUUGCGUCGACUAGUGUUCCAAAGAUUCCAGGCUCUUUGAGUUAUCUACGAACUUGGAGACGCUGGUCCGAAAGCGCCCUGGAUGUGAUUCGGUCGGACUUGCUGUCCAGCUUGCCAAAUCCAGUUGACGAGGAGGCCUUGCAAGAUCUGUCAUUUCGUCUCGGAGAAGCGGCAGACCAGGGAGUCAUGCCGAGUUUCUCGAACACGGGGGCACUGGCUGGUUACGCAGUGAACUAUUUUUGUCGGGCGCAGCUUUUGGCAGAUUUGCUCUUUGAGCAAAAUGAACCCCAAUUCUUGGUGCUGGCCAUGAACAACAUGCUACUACAUACCAGGAGUACCCUUCGGACACCUUAUCGGAUUGUUUCGCUGGGAGGAGGACCAGGGUUUGACUUUGUAGGACUGGCACUCAUGUGUAGCUUUAGCGCACAGCAUCGUCAACUACCCAGCGCUACCAUAUCUGCGAAAAUCUUGGAUUAUGAACAAGGAUGGUCGCCCUUUGUUGACUCCAUGUCUCAGUCCGUCGACAAUGUAUUAGGGGGGCAACAUUCAUGCUCGUUUGAUGGAUGUGACAUUACUUUACCGCUUUCAGAUGCUAGCAACGCUGCGUGCGCCAAGGAAUUGUCCAAUUGCGAUCUUUGGGUUUGCUCAUACUGUGUGGCGGAAAAUGCUCUGAGACUUCGUGAGAACGACUUUGUCUUUUUCCGGAACCUAUUUCGAGAAUCCAAAGAAGGGGCUCUUUUUGUUUUCACCGAAACGACACACCGUCUAUGGUCUGAAAUGGUCGAUGUGGCCUUGGCCACUACCGAUUUUGAGGUCGCUUUCCCUCGUCGCAAUGGAAGAGGGAAAAAGGGACGUCAGCUGAUUUUGAGAAAACAACGCGGUGCAGCAUUGGGAACCGAAGAACAAUUGCAACGAAAGUAUUUUGAACAAGACAAUAGUUGCCAGGAGCGGAAGACUGGGAGAGGAAUUCAGAGAAUGAAGAAAAAAGUCCCUGGUGCCAAGUGA